UUUGAUAGAAACCAGCCCCUCCCUCUUCCUGUGUGGUGAGGGCUGGGCAGGCGGGCAGGCACCAUCCUCCACACUGGGAGUACAGGCAGUGGCCCAGCUUCCGGCAGCACCAGCACCUCAAAGCCUAGGGCCCCACAGGUAGGCAGGGGCCCACUAUGCCAUGGACUGGGAAGUUCAGGGUGGCAGGAGUCCACCUGCUCAGCUCUAGAGGCUGCAAGUUCAAGGUGGGUAUCUCCAGAGGCCUCUCUUCCAAGGCUGGUCAAUGGUCUCCUUCUGUGGUAUCCUCUCAUGGCUGUCCCCUUGUGUGCGUCUGUACCCUGAUUUCCCCUUUCAUGAGGGUGCCAGCCAUGCUGGAUUAGGGCCCUGUCUCCAGCCACAUUCUGAGGUGCUGGGGUCAGGACUCCAGUGUGGGAAGAGGCACAAUCCAGCUAUGGCCACCUCAGGAGUCACCCAGGUAUUGGACAUACCUGAGGCAAAAGUGGGCAGAACUGGAGGAAGAGUGGACAUGGGGGGGAUGCUGAGUGCCCUGUGUGCGCGAACUAUAUGGCCUUCAAGGCCGCUGGGACCAACCCUGCCUGGUUUCUGGUGGCACCAGUCAGGUAGGCCCUCGGACUGAGCUUGUGGGGGUGGGUUGAGGGUCCCCAUAAACCUGCACCAGGGCAAGUGGUCACCCAUGCCCUGCCAGAUCUGCCCCCCCACCCCCAGUGCAUGGUUUGCUCUGAGGGCCCUGGCACUAAGUGGACAGCUCCCUUGAGCCCCAGGAACCCAGAACGGACUGCAGAGUGGGACCAGAGGCUUCGCAGCCUGCCCAGGUGCCUAAGACAACUCCAUCACCCCCAGGCCAUAUAAGGGAAUUGACCAGAGCCAAAAAGACCCCAAGGCCAUGAGCCCUCUGUGGUGGUGUCAGUUGAACUUGCUGUGAGAGUGGACAGAGAAACUCAGCAGCUCAGGUCUGUCGGGCUGUUUGCCUCCCGCCAUCUUUCUCCUGUCUCAGGUUGUGCUCAGGCCUUCCUCCCUCCCAAGCCUCCCAGGGGGCCCCUGGACCCCUCAUGACCUGACAGCUGCUGCUUCUGUAUGCCUUACAAGGUGGAAGCCAGGCCAGAGAAAGUUGAGGAGGCCAAGGCAGCUGCCUUUGAGGACACUCAUGCUUCCCCCUGCUGUGGGGGCUGGGCCAAAAAGGGGUCAGUCCAUCAUUGGGCACAAAGGACCUUGCUGUCACUGGACGUGACUGCGUGAGGUGGCCAUGGAGGCUUUUGGCCCCAGGAGUGAAAAUGCCUCCUACAUCUAUCCAGCUGCUUAGAAAGGCUGUGGGGGAAAGAGACAGCUGUGAAGAGGAGCCAGGCUGCCCAAGCCACCAUCUGAGCAGACUCCUGCGAGAGCAGUGGAUCCGGGCCAAGUAUGAGCGGCAAGAGUUCAUCCACCCAGAGAAGCAGGAGCCCUACUCUGCAGGGUACCGUGAGGGCUUUCUCUGGAAGCGAGGCCGGGACAACGGGCAAUUUUUAAGCCGGAAGUUUGUGCUGACGGAACGAGAGGGGGCCCUGAAGUAUUUCAACAGAAGUGACGCCAAGGAGCCCAAGGCUGUCAUGAAGAUCGAGCAUCUCAAUGCGACAUUCCAGCCGGCCAAGAUUGGCCAUGCUCACGGCCUGCAGGUCACCUAUCUGAAGGACAACAGCACCCGGAACAUCUUUGUCUACCAUGAGGAUGGGAAGGAGAUUGUGGAUUGGUUCAACGCUAUUCGAGCUGCCCGCUUCCACUACCUGCAGGUGGCGUUCCCUGGAGCAAGUGAUGCAGAUCUGGUGCCGAAGCUCUCCAGGAACUACCUGAAAGAAGGCUACAUGGAAAAGACAGGGCCCAAGCAAACAGAAGGCUUCCGGAAGCGAUGGUUCACCAUGGAUGACCGGAGGCUAAUGUACUUCAAAGACCCCCUGGAUGCCUUUGCCAGAGGGGAAGUCUUCAUUGGUAGCAAGGAGAGCGGCUACACGGUGCUGCAUGGGCUCCCACCAUCCACCCAGGGCUACCACUGGCCGCAUGGCAUCACCAUUGUCACGCCUGACCGCAAGUUCCUGUUCACCUGUGAGACAGAGUCAGAGCAGCAGGAGUGGGUGGCGGCAUUCCAGAAGGUGGUGGACAGGCCCAUGCUGCCCCAGGAGUAUGCAGUGGAAGCCCACUUCAAGCAUAAACCCUAGCAAGAAGUGGUCUGGAGGCCCAAGACACUAGACUCAUUGUGACAUGACCAAGCCAGACAGGAGUUGGCCAGAACACAGGGGACCUUCAGGUCUUCUUCAGGCCUUCAGGAGGGAUACCGGCAUCCUGAGGUGGCCAGCUGUCCUAGCCCCACCCUGCUUCUGGGCAGCCCCGGGCAUGGCCAGGUAAGGCCUGGGCUGCAGUCACUAGGAUGUUUCUCUGGAAACUCAUUGCAGGCCACCUCAGCCCUGGGCCUGGCCUGACUUCUGACCCCAUCAUGCUGCUGCCAACCACGCCCAGCCCACCUGUUCCUCUCUGCCCAUGGGGCCCCUCCCAGCUCAGGGCAGCCCCCAGGAGCUCCAACUAGCUCCAAGCCACCUGUCUUGUACUUCUAGGCCCCAGGGUAGGAACCCCAUGACCAGGAUGGUUAGGCCAUUGUGGUCAGCGGGUGGUGAGGCUGGCCUGGCUGGGACUCUUGGACCUGCCUGCAUGCUGAGCCCUACCCAGCCCAGCCCCCUGGCUCAGACCCUUCUCCCCCUUCUACCUUCAGCUAGUAUUUAUUGAGCACCUCGUGGGUCAGUUAGGGUGGAGCUAACCCCAUGGGUGCAGUUUUCCAGGUAGAUGGAAUGGCGUGCUUAGUUCCUGGUGCCCUAAUGGCCGGAGCCCCUGUGCUCUUGCCCUGGAGGGUAGCCGGGUGCUGCCUGUGGGUACCCAGCAGCCUCGUUGUUUGCUGGGUGUCUCCCAUGUGCCCAGCUAGGUGCUCGCUGACCAGCAACCCCUGCCCACCAGCCCUGACCCUGUGGCCUUUGAACCCUUUGAGGAUGAUGGCCUGAGCCACCGUGAGGCUGCCCACAGCAGGAGAGGCCCAACAGCCCAGCUCACCCCCACCUGGACAUCUGGCUUGCUGCUGGCGGGCCAGUGGUUACAGCCCUUGUAUUUAUUUCUCACCUGUUCCUCCUGGGAUGUGUCCAGCAGUCCAGACUGGGCUGGGCUCCCCUUGGGUGAGAGGUGCCCUACAGUACAGGUCCUGUCUGCGUAGGCCAAGUGGGGAUGCUCCUGCGGGUGACCCAGUGGCCCAUCCCUCCAACCCUGCCCAGCUGAGCUGUGUCCCAGGGGAGCCCUGGACAAGCUGGGAGGGUUCCCAAGGCUGGGCACCCUGCCACCCCUGCUGCAGCCUGGAAUAAAGUAUGGCUCUGGCAUGUUUCCGGCUGUGGUCUGAGGCUGGGAUCAAAGGGGGCCAAGCUGGGAACACGUGGUCCUGCCCUGGCUGCCUCCACCUGGGCAGAGAUAGACAUAGGAAAAG